CCUGACAGGGUCAGUCCCCUACCAGAGCCCUGGAGCAUGGCUGUGUGGGGCCUGGGAGGUCGCCUUGGCUUGCGCGGGUGCCUCGGCGCCCGCAAGCUAUUGUGUCCCCGUUUCCAGAGCCGCGGCCCCCAGGGCGUGGAAGACGGGGACAGGCCACAGCCUUCCUCGAAGACACCCAAGCUCCCCAAGAUCUACACCAAAACAGGAGACAAAGGGUUUUCCAGCACCUUCACUGGAGAAAGGAGACCGAAAGACGACCAGGUGUUUGAAGCCGUGGGAACUACAGAUGAAUUAAGUUCAGCCAUUGGAGUUGGUCCAACCAGCGGGCAGCACCAGCAGGAGAUCGGACAAGGGUUUGCUAUGGAAUUAAUUGCAGAACAGGGCCACCCGUUUGUGGAAGAGCUUCAGAAAAUCCAGUGCUCCCUGCAGGACGUCGGCUCUGCCCUGGCAACACCGCGCUCCUCAGCCAGGGAGGCUCACUUAAAACACGCCACGUUCGAGGCAGGGCCCAUCUUGGAGCUGGAGCAGUGGAUCGACAGAUACUCCAGCCAGCUGCCCCCACUCACGGCUUUCAUCCUGCCUUCCGGAGGCAAGAGCAGCUCCGCACUGCAUUUCUGUCGGGCCGUGUGCCGCCGAGCUGAGAGACGCAUGGUGCCUCUUGUCCAGUCCGGUGAGACGGAUGCAAACGUGGCCAAGUUCUUAAACAGACUCAGUGACUAUCUCUUCACGUUAGCCAGAUACACAGCCAUGAAGGAGGGGAAUCCAGAAAAAAUAUACAAGAAAAAUGACUUGUCGGACCGUGUCUGAGGCACGUGGAAAUAAUGGAAAAAGGGAGCUUUGCAGACUCCUCCACAGUGACAACAGGAAAGGAAGACUUUGCCCUCAUGUCCUGAUUCCUGAAGAUCUCACCCAGAAGAGCCAGAAGCUGGUCUUUUGUCCAGACUCAGCUUCCUCUCAGGGCCCCGCCACUUCCUUCAGGAGCUGAGGCCGGUGGAGAAUCCUGCCCCCUCCCCUGGGCUCUCCUCAGCCUUCCAGGAGGUGGGAAUAAACGCAGUGUUGCAGGAAAGAAAGAUAAAGUGAUUGCUUCAUUGAGGAGCCAUGAAGAAAAAAGAAUAAAAGUGGGAAAGGCUU